CUACUCUGGAACCCUCCAUGUGUCCCUGGACAAAGUGCAGCCCCUGUACCAGGCAGCCGACCUCCUCCAACUGCACUAUGUAAGAAACACUUGCAGCAGCUACAUGGCCAUGAAUGUGGAGUGCUCCACCUGUGUGGACCUGUACAAUUUUGCUGAUGUUUUUUCAGUGGAAUCUGUCCUGAGGAGUUGUGUGGGGUGGAUCGAUGCAAACUUUGCUGAGUUUUCCUUCAGCGAGGAGUUCUGCAGCCUGAGUGUGAAUCAGCUGACUGAGAUCAUCAGCCACGAUGAGCUAGAUGUUAAAGAAGAGACAACAGUAUGGGAGGCUGUGGUGAGAUGGGUACAACACAGUAGGGAGAACAGAAUGCACCACUUACCCAGCAUCCUCCCUCACAUCCGCUUCAACCUGCUGACCUCAGACAAAAUGGCAGCCAUCUUGGAGUAUCCCCUGGUAAAGGAAGAUCCCGGGAGUACUGAGGUCAUCAGGAAUGUGGUACAGAAAGGGAACCCCAACCUGAAGCCGAGGCUUCGGAGGACUACUGAAAUGGUUCUGCUGUUUGAUGCAAAUUCCAGUGAUGUCCUCUUCAUGAACCCUCGGGAAGGAAAGUACAUCAGCUGCAGUUACAAUCGUAAAGACCGUGCAAGAACCGUAGAUUUGACAGUUACCAGUGAUAACAACAUCUACGUCCUGACUCGUGAGGAAGAGAGUAGCGAUCGGUUGUCCAUGUUAAAGUACAACCAUGCGGGGAAUGUGUGGGAGGAUGCUGGCAUGUCCCCAGUAUCUAAAUGGCUGAUGCUAGAAAAAGAUUUGAAAUGCUACGAUGAGCACCUUGUUGAAGUUGAUCGGACUCUAUACUACCUUGCUGAAAAAAGUACAAAAGGAGGUGUUGUGUGGAUGAGAAAGUACAACCAGCACACAGAUCAGUGGCAGGAGUGUUCACAGCUGGAAUUAGACAAUAAUUCAUACGAGUUCAGUGCAGCAUUGUCCUGCGGUUCACACCUGUAUUUCCUCACAACCACAGAGAUGCAUUGCUACGAACCGAGACGGGACCGUUGGUGCAAGCUGCGCCCAUCACCAGAACCAAAUCUUGACAUCCGUACAGCCAUUGUCUUGGGGACAGAGAUUUUCUGCACAGGUUAUGACUUCAGACAUACUGUGGUAUACGAUACAGAGUCAGACUGCUGGCAGAACCUGCCAGGCUGGCCGGACCCAGGGAACCGUGUGGCUAAGUAUCCUCUCAGUCUUUUUGUACUGGAGAACCAGCUGCACAUAUGGUUCACCUGUGGCAAUGGUUAUGAUGACGAUGAAGAUGAAUAUCGGGUAUAUGUGUUUGACAGGUCUGCUGAUGCCUGGAGAGACUUGGAUGCCACUUUGCCAGAUGAGGAAUAUUUUUCGUAUGGUCGCCUGUGCCUAAUGGCGCGUAUAUACCUACCGUAUCUUAAAGCGCAGGAUAUGGAUACAUAGAAUGUAACAGCCAGUUGUGGGGAAUGAUUGUUUAAUGACAUUUUGUAUAGAAUUCAGCUUUUGAAGAGUACCCAAAGUAGGAUAGGUCUUUUGGUAAUCCCCAAAGUAGUUUUGACCAAUGGCCUGAAAGCAGAGAUCGGUGCCGCCAUUGCACAUAGUACAUUAUGUUAACUUUUUAGGUUCUUUUUCUGAAGCUUAAAGGUAAUUUCCCAUUACAGUGAAAGUGAGAUCUCGUGUAGCACAAAGUUUUACUAUUGAUUUUUUUUUCAGAAGAAGCUAAUUGGAAACCUACAUGGAUUUAUGUAGAUUACAGCAGUUGAUAUGUUUGCAUUUACAAUGAAUAACACUUUGUUUUAUUUUAGUGUUAAUUUUUAGUGUUGAUUAGUACGCUUUGUAUUAUUUUAGGGUUUAACUUAGUUUUCAGUGCUAUUUUUGUUUUCAUUUGUUUAGUAAGAAGCCAGUUGCACACAUUCAUGCGAUUAGAACUAGUUUAUAAAACUGCAUGCCCAGUUUUUUUAUAUAUCAUUACUUUUGUAUCAUUUUCGAAAAUAAAUAUCUAUUGGUAAACACAAUGAGUCAUUCUUAAGUGCUUUUCGGUUAA